AUCUUCCUCUCACUCGGCAGUCUCUACAGCUGCCCCCGCAGGGCAUAGCCUCUGUUUCGUCAUCUCCCCAUAAGUCUCUGUUCUUUCGCUUUUUCAUGAUUAUCGCUUUUUCCCAGAUAAAAAGUUGGGAUCUUUUUCCCUUUCCAUCAAAAAAUGUCACAGAGAUUCUGAAGUCAGAAUAUUGUUUCACCUACCCCCUCUCUCUCUCUCCUGUUCUUCUCCCUCGAUAAUGUUUUUGUGCCUCUCGUCCUCUUACGCAAAGUCUCUGGAUUUUUUCUGUUUCUGAGUUGCUCUCUAGUCUUCAGCACUUUCCCAUUUCUGGGUUCGAUCGUUCGAAGGAUUUCCAGUUCAACCCAUGACGUUUCUUGUAGUUGUGAUGAUUGGUAUCCGAGAGAAACAGAGAGAAGGAAUGGAGAAAACGGCGCCAUGUAUGGCGAUCGCGGAGAAGAAGGGUCAUGGAACAGGUGGUUGUAUGAAUGUCUUGUCCCAGUUCCUCGAAUGGAACCGAAAAUUCUCCAAGAAGCGUCUCUUCCCCAAGAAAUUGCUUCUUCAUGCUGGAGAAGAACAAGCUUCAAAGAGGUUUGGGAAGAAGGAGAAGAGGCCAAAACCCGUGAUUCAUCUGAUUUCUGAUGGGUACUACACCAGAGGCUCGAAGAAAAAUGAAGAUAACAACAGAAACGAUGAUGCCAAUCAUCACAACUUAGAGCUGCGGAAUCUUACGAGGUCUCCCGGGUUGGUUGCCAGACUGAUGGGUCUUGAAUCUAUGCCUUCAUUUUCAGGACAAGACAGGAAGCUGGAUGAACAUGUUAUUAGAGAAUAUAACCCACCUGAGGAUCUUCGUUUUUCCGGUAGUGCGGAACCUGAGCCUGAGAUGGUUUCAGAUAGGCGGUCAGUGGUGAAGUUUGGGGCGGGUUUGCAUCUUAAGGAUGUAUUAUCACGACCAAGAAGACGUCAAAGCCAUCACCCAAAGCUUCCUCCACAGUCAAAGAGGGGAAACACUUUCUGGAAUCAUAAUUCAUCAAGGACCUCCAGGUUGGUGGACGUAGCAACGAGGAUUUUAGAGCCUGGAUUGCAAGAAAAGAACAGAGCAAAAUACACUCUUACGCAGUCAGAUGCUCCACAGCUGCCUAGGAGUAGGCUUAAGGCUAAUAAGACAGCGAGUGUGGCAUCAGAUUCAGUGAAAAGAUCUUUCAUGGGUGAACAGUGUAUUGAAUGUGCGGCUUCUGCAUCAAAUCUUGUGUCUGAUCCUUUUCUUCACUCUCCAGAAAGGAAUGAGGUGAAGCCCGUUUCGACGAUUAUCCAGAAUGUAGAGAAAAACAAGGUACGGACUCGAGAACAAGUGUCAAAUAUUGACAAAAUGCGCACCGUUGAAGGGACACUAGGUUGUAAUAGUUCACAGAGUAAGAGAGUAGUUUCCCCGCCAUAUAGAGCCAAUUCUUUUAGUACUAUCGAUGAGGCUAAAGAUCCGAUUGAGAAACGAAUUUGCACGAGACAAGAUGAUUCUCCAGGGAAGACACAAAGGAAGGAAGGUAAAAAAAUUCAAUUUCUGAAUGGUGGUUCUGCUGGUUCAGGACUGAAAAAGAAUGGGAAUGUAAAGAGAGUCAUUGCCUGUGAAGAAGAAGAAGAAGAAGCAGCAGAUAGAAAGCUUCCGCCCAGAAACCGCCAGCCUAGCCGGAGGAACAAGAAUGAAGAUGCUUCUAGUUCCGUUUCUGGAGGCAGAACCAAAGAAAAGAGUUAUGUUUCGGGUGAGAAAUGUGAGAAGUUGUACAGUGGGAAGCAAAUGGCGUUGAGUGGGGAUGCCUUAGGCGCUCUUCUUGAUCGGACGUUGAAGGAGUUGACUAGUGAAGGCGAAGAAGAAACAAAUGGAACAGGCAAAUCGAGGAGAUCUACAGCCGUGAUUCUUCAAGAUCUGAUAUCUGCCUUAACUACCGAACAGCUUAUCACCAAGAAGGAAUCUAAACCUGACACAGAAUUUACCUUUCAGACUCAAGCAGAGAAUGAAGAGUCUUCUCUUGGGCUUGGUUCUUGCACUUGCUUUGAAGCAGAUACGAUGCAACCUGAAGCAGAUGUUCAAGGUUCUGCAAACUCGAUCAAGAAGUCCGAUUUCUCUGAUUAUGGUGCAGUUAUGGAUCUUACAGAACGUGUUAGCCGCCUGUCGAUGAAAAUGAACGAGGCGGGUAUCGGAUUGAAAGGAGGCGAGCUUAGACAUGCCCAAGAUAUUAUCUUGAAUACCGAGCUUCUGUUCUCAGACACAACAGGUUCUGUCCCUGGCUCUUCUCUGCUCGAUCAGCUCGAGGAUCUUGGCAGUAGAAACUGGAGACCUGCCCUUUGCCAUCCCGGGUCCGAAGAGACCGAAGAAACUAACCAGUUCAACCGGGGGGCAUUCGUGUUUGACAGUGUGAUCGAAUUCUUGGAAUCUAGAUACAGCAUGUGUGGUGAUUCCGGGGCUAGACCAUGCAAGAACUUGCCGUCACAUGUCAAUGUAGAAUCUCUGUUCCGAGAACAGAGUGGAAGGUGGAUGAAACUAGCUGGAAAGCCGGCUGAUGCUAUAAUCGAGUGGGAAAUGGCGAACUGCUCGCUUGGAAAGUGGAGGGAUUUCGAAGCAGAAGUGUCUGAAACAGGAGAUGAAACCAGUUCUGACAUACUCGAGGGUUUGCUCGGGGAACUUGCCACCGAUCUUGUUAACCCAAUGGAAAUGUGUAAUGUUGAAUAUCUUCCAAGUUCUAACCAAAAAGGGGGAAGGAGAAGAAAAUAAGUGGGCUUUGGUGGGCUCAUGGGUCUUUCAACGUUAGCCCGUAAAAAUUUGUUUUUCCAUCAAAUGCAAUUCUGAUUUCAUAAAUUCAUUGUAAGAACAUGAUUUGAAAUCUUGAUUCUUGACAAUUGAA